AUGGCAACACAGAAAAUAUUGCAAACAUUCAAGAAACCAACCAAUACUACAAAUCCCAUUUCGUUAUCCGAUUCAGAAGUCGCAGAAAAGAUUGCUAAAACCCUAAUUAAAGCUGGCGUAGAACCCUUUAAAACAACCAACUCAUCUCUGCUUUCCAACCUAAAUUCUCACACAACCAACCUUGUUCUCUCCAACCCAAAUCUCCCACUUCAUUCUUGCUUGACUUUCUUCAACUUUCUGCGAAAAAAUCAAUCCUUUGUUUCUCAUAAACCCGACCUCCAAUCCCAUUUAGGCAUUAUUUAUAGAUUAUUCAAGGCUAGAAAGUUUGCAGAAAUGAAAAAUACUUUGACUUAUAUUGCUGUGGAUAGUAAUCUUAGAUGCCCAGUUUCGAAUCUGGUUUCUUUGGUUGAAGAGAAUGGAUUUAAUAAUGAACCCAGCUUUGUGGAGAAGUUGUGUGAUAUGUUGUUUAGGGUUUAUGGAGAUUGUAAUUUGUUUGAAGAGGGUUUUGGGGUUUUUGAUUAUAUGGUGAGUUGUGAGUUAAAGAUUGAGGAUCGGUCUUGUAUUGUGUUUUUGCUUGCAUUGAAGAGGUGUGAUAAAAUGGAGGCUUGUUUGGGUCUUUUUAAAAGAAUGGUUGACUCUAAUGUGGAGGUUACGGUUUAUUCUUUGACGAUUGUGAUAGAUGGGUUGUGUAAGAGGGGAAGGGUUAAAAGGGCUAAGCAUUUGAUGAUUGAAAUGGCUAGUAAAGGUAUUAAACCGAAUGUUAUUACAUAUAACACACUUAUAAAUGCAUAUAUUAAGAAAAUGGAUUUUGAGGGUGUUAAUGAGAUGUUGAGCUUGAUGGAGAUGGAUAAAGUUGCAUUUAAUGCGGCCACUUAUACUCUUUUGAUUGAUUGGCAUGGAAGUUCUGGUAAGAUUGAUGAAGUUGAGAGGGCGUUUGAGGAAAUGCGUGAGAAAGGGGUUGAAGCAGAUAUUCAUGUAUAUACUGUGGUCAUUAAUUGGAAUUGUAAAAUUCGAAAUACUAAAAGGGCAUUUGCCUUGUUUGAUGAGUUGACUGAGAAAGGCCUUGUUGCCAAUGUUCACACUUAUGGGGCAUUGAUUGAUGGUGUUUGCAAGGCUGGUGAAAUGGAGGCAGCUGAGAUAUUGGUGAAUGAGAUGCAAAGCCAAGGGCUUGAUCUUAAUCAACUGAUAUUUAAUACGCUUAUAAAUGGUUAUUGCAAAAGAGGGCUGAUAAAUGAAGCUUAUAAGGUGCAAGGCAUAAUGGAGAAGAAAGGCUUUAAGAAUGAUAUCUAUACUCUUAACACGAUUGCUGAUGGGUUACGUAAAUUGAACCGGCAAGAAGAAGCAAAGAUGUGGUUGCUUACAAUGAUUGAAAAGGGUGUGGCUCCUAAUGUUGUUAGUUAUACUACUCUGAUUGACAUAUAUUCCAAGGAAGGGAACCUCGUGGAAGGGGAAAAGCCUAAUGCUGUUACAUAUAAUGUUGUGAUUGAUGGUUACAGCAAGAAAGGUAGGAUGAAGGAAGCUUACAAGCUAAAAGAUCAAAUGAGAGCAGAAGGGUUAAUCCCUGACAUAUAUACUUACACAUCCCUUUUGCAUGGAGAAUGCAUUAUUGGGGAGCUGGAUGAGGCAGUGGAACUGUUCAAUGAAGUGCGCCAAAAGGGCUUCCCUCUCAAUUUAGUCACUUAUACAGCAAUAAUUUCGGGCUUGUCCAAGAAAGGAAGGUCUGAGGAAGCAUUUAAGUUGUAUGAUGAGAUGACAGAGGCAGGUCUUACAUCUGAUGAUAGAGUAUAUACUUCACUUGUCGGCAGCCUUCACAGAGUCUAG